AUGAAUAAAAUUUUGAAUACUAUUGAUAAAAUAGACAUUUUUGGAGUUCCUAUUAAUCUUCUUACUAACGAAAAGAAUUCAGCUUUUCAGAGUAAGAUAGGAGGGUUAUUUAGUUUAAUUGCAGGAAGCCUAAGUCUUACAUAUUUUUUAUAUGUUUUUAUAUUUUGGGUGAGCAAUUUAAUCCCUCCAAAUAUAAGUUCUAACUAAGAGACAAUAGGAUAUGCUUAAUUCUAAAUUUAAACUGGAAUGAUUGAUUUGAUGCUACAAGAUUUCACUGGAGAUGCAGAUCCCUUCAGAAAAUACAAUAAUAUUAUCACUCCUCAUUUAUAUACGGUUAUUGAUACUAGAAUAAUAGAUAAACCUAUACCUUUAUUUAGUAGUUAAGAAAAACCUUAUACAAUUUCUUUUGAGAAUGUCACUUUAGUUUUAAAUCAUGAAAUCGAUCCAGAUUAGUACUUGAAGGUUGCUCUAAUAUUACUUUGUAAGAUAAUGGAUAUUGUGCUGAUUAGAAAACAAUUGACGAUUAUCUAUAAAAAUUUCAUGGGUUUUUGUUUUUAAGUAUUAAAUUAAAUCAACUUAACCAUGUAACAAGAGAAUUAGAAGAAUUCAAUAAGCAAUAUUAUUAGGCUUUUGAUAUGCUUAAGCCAUAAUACUCAUAAGUUAUGUUGAAAUAGUAAGAGACAAUCAUUGAUGAUGGUGUUUUAUUUAAUAAUUAUCAAAAUUAUUAGUUCUUAAACAAUUACGAAUUAAUCAAUUAGUAAGUUGAUUCUUUUUUUUCAUCAAAUGUUGUAUCAUAAAUGUCCAAAUUACCUUAUAACUUUACAAAUUACGGAUGCUAUCUAUUUAGGUUAGAUAGUAUUUAAGUUAAAGAAGUAGUUACAAUGCCAAAACUCGGUGAAUUUCUUGCUUAAGUUGGUUCAAUUGUUUAAUUGAUAUUCUUAUUAUAAUACAUAGCCUUAUAUUACAAUAAUAAACUUCUUGAAAAUUAAUUACUUCAUGAAAUCAUUACAAUGUAUUAUCCUGAGUUAAAAAAUAUAAAGCUUACAAUAUUUAAUAAAUUGGAAUUUAAAGAGAAUGUUGAUAAUGAUCUCAAAAGUAUUAUUUAAGAUUUUAUACCUAAAUAUAACUUUUUAUUUGAAAGAGCAAAAGAGAAAUGUAGACUUAAUAAUAUUAUAUAUGAAAUUUCAAGGAUCUAAUUUAUUAUUUAAUAGCACUUUGGAGAUUAAGUCUUAUAAUAGAGUCAUUCUUUUGGAGGAAAACUGUAAAACAAUUAUUUUGAAUUUUUAAAUUGUAAAGAAACUAAGAAAUUAGCGAUCAAACCAGAUACUUCUAUAGAUUUAGAGAAUGGUUAUCACUUAUUAGAUCCUUUGGAAAUAUUAUCAAAAUAGACUUGA